AUGUCUCCUACGACGAAACCCGUUCGAAAUAUAAAGGUCAAAGUACCGCGCCAUAACUCUCAGCGGCUAGGACCUGCGGUCACUGCUCAAGUUGAGAAUGUGGCCCGGCAGCAGCGAGUACGCGUGGAUGUUCGCCAGACGGCAUUCGAGUCGUCAAGUGCGCUUGCCCAGGCGAUUGACAGUGCUUCCGAGUGGAAUUCCUUGCUUUUGACGGCUCGGGCGAACCGUGAGGACGAGGAUGGCCCAUCCACUUCUACGAAUGCAGAUAGCAAGCCGGUACAAGAGAUACCCAGCACACCAAAACACCAAUCACUACGUGGCGUCCACUUGCCCCUUGGCUCCCAAGGGUCCUUCCAUCAUCCGCAGCAGUUCUUCUCUGGCAACACCCCCACCAACAUGGCGUCGCCCCGACAUCCGUUUCCCAAUUCCGGUCAGGGGAUGGGCGGCCAAGGUAUGCCUGGCCAAAGUAUGGGCUUCGGGGGCAUGAAUAUGUCCCCUGUCUCGCCUGCGCAAUUCUACGGUGGUGGUACACCGGGCAUGUCCCAGGGAAUGGGCAAUAUGGGGAUGAACAUGCCGGGAGGUAUGGUCGGAGGCAUGGGCAUGGGUAUGGGUGGCGACGGGAUGGGUGGUCUAGGAAUGAACUCUCCUGACCCUAGGAGGCGUCUGACGCGCGGCAUGAGCGGAGAAGACGGAUAUGGCUCGAUGCAUUAA